GCGGCUGCCGCCUUCCGGCUGCGCGAACUCUGCUCCACGCGCGCUCCGGGCCGGCCAUGGCUCCGCUGCGCUUCUCGGCCAACGUGUCGUGGCUGUUCCCCGAGCUCCCCGGCCUUCCCGCGCGGCUCCGAGCCGCGGGCAGUUCGGGUUUCGAGGCGGCCGAGGUCGGCUGGCCGUACGAGGAGCCGCCGGAGGCGCUGGCGCGCGCGGCGCGGGAAGUGGGGCUGCAGCUCGUGCUGAUCAACACGCCCCCGGGAGACCGAGAGAAAGGGGAGAUGGGUCUGGGGGCCGUUCCCGGGAGGCAGGCGGCCUUCCGAGAUGGGCUGGAGCAGGCUGUGCUGUACGCCAAGGCUCUGGGCUGUCCCAGGAUUCACCUGAUGGCUGGCCGAGUGCCCCAGGGGGCUGAUCGAGCAGCAGUCAGGGGUGAAAUGGAGACAGUUUUUCUGGAGAACCUGAGGCACGCAGCUGGGGUUUUGGCUCAGGGAGAGCUCUACUCAUGGAUCCCGCCUGGUGCUAGGAGAACCUUGUGGGGCUGCUGGAACCCAUCAACACCCGCAUCACGGACCCCCGGCAGAAUGGUGUGGCCUGCAGGGUCUGUGACUGUCGGAAUCUCUGCCCCAGGACAUAUUCCACUGGCAGAUCAUGGACGGGAACCUGACAGGGAACAUCCGGGAGUUCCUGCCCUUCGUUGGGCACGUGCAGGUGGCACAGGUCCCGGGCCGAGGGGAACCCAGCAGCCCUGGAGAGCUGAACUUCCCCUAUCUGUUCCAACUGCUGGAAGAUGAAGGCUACAAAGGCUUUGUGGGCUGCGAGUACCAGCCUCGAGGAGACACGGUAGAGGGCUUGAGUUGGCUACGUUCGUACUGGGAUAAGCGGGGCCGCCCACAGGCUGGCCAGUGAGGUCCUGCGCUCCAGCCACACACCUCUGGGACGGUGAGCUGCACAUCCCGAGUCUCCUCUGAAUUAAAGACAAUCUGCUGAAGGUU